AUGACAGUCACCGCCCAAAAAACCCACGUCGUCUCUGUUGGCUACAACGGCACCCUCGUCUUCUCCCCCAACAAGAUCUCGGCCGAGCCGGGUGAAGCCAUCCAGUUCCAGUUCGUGGCCGGCAACCACACGGUCACGCAAUCGACCUUUGACAACCCCUGCCAGCCUAUUGCGAUGCACAGCAACGUAACAGGAAUAAACUCGGGCUUCAUGCCUGUUGCCGCAGGCUUAGCAGCAGCAUCAGCAAAAGACGGCAAGAGCAUGAAUGGUACCACCUCUGGACAUGGAGGUAAUGUGCCGGUGUACACGGUGAUGGUGAAGAACAAGAACCCGAUGUGGUUGUAUUGUGCGCAGGGGAAGCAUUGUCAGAAUGGGAUGGUGAUGGUUGUUAAUGAAAACCCAUCUUCCAACGCCACCAAGUCACUACAGAACUACAAGGCCCUCGCAGCCAAGGCCACUACCAUCGUCCCCUCCGGUUCUGGCUCCGGUUCUGGCUCUGGCUCCGGUUCUGGCUCCGGUUCUGGCUCCGGUUCUGGCUCUGGCUCCGGUUCUGGCAGUGAUUCUGGCUCGGGCUCAGGCUCGGGCACUGGCAGUGGUACUGGCUCUGGUUCUACCAAUGGCAGCACCACUACCGGGCCAAGCAGCGGAACCACCCCAUCCAACUCGACGAGUCCUAGUGGCUCUUCCACCGCUGUGCCAGUGACUGCUGGUGCGGGUAUUCUCUCUGCUGCUGGAACUACGAGCAUGUUUGCGCUUGUCGCUGGCGGUGCUGUUGCUUUCUUGUUCCUCUAG